UGCAACCCCCAAACAAAGCGCCUCGCGUUUGCAGAAAUGCCCUCCUCUUCACCGGAUCCUUGAAGCCCAUAUACAAAUGCUCAUUUAUGGGAAUGGUCUGAGCCGCAGAAAUGGCACAGGUGAAGGAGCUGGAGCUUCUGGGCGAAACGGAGCUCCAGUCCAAAACUCCGCCUGGAGGACGCUUCCCCAUCGGCUGUCCGACUCUCGAUUUGGCGGCCACCUGGGACCAAGACGACAGAAGCGUGCUUGUAUACCGGCCGCUGGAUCAGGUUGUCUCUAAAAUCCACCAGGUUGCUUCUCCGGGAGAGAAAGCGCCCGAGGUGUGCGCAGUGACAUGGAGGCCCGAUGGCCAAUUCCUGUCGCUGGGCUGGAGUGACGGCGUUGUGCGGCUCAUGGGCUUGGAGAACAACAAGGCUGCCCAUCAUCUUCCAGUCUGCGACAAGGCUGAGGCCACAAUCACCCAUAUUGGCUGGUCCACUGCCAUUAUCGCCAGCAAGGCAGAUGGAGCAAUUGCUCACAGGCUUGGAGACGAAGUUACCAAGGGCUGGACCGAGCCGGGCGCCAAGACGCAUCUUGAUCUGCCUCAAGAACUCACAUUUCUAGAAGUUGAAACGGCGUUGCCCAGAAUUAGCCCCCUGCCAACGAGUAGUGCUGGUGCAGGCGAGGAUGCUACCGUCUUCACUCUGCGCAGCGGCAUCGACUUUCUCUUCCGAACUCCUAAGCGAGACACGUAUGACCAAGUCAACGUGAUGAUUGUGGGGACCAGCGAUGGCAAAAUACAACUCAGCAUCUACGACUCUUUCAUCAUUGGCACGUUUCCACAGCCACUACUAGACUCGCCAGCGUCAGCACCGUCCAGUGCGAUGCAUGUGAUACACCAUGCAGCUCACCCACGAACAUCAACACAUUCUCUCCUCUACGCAGAAAAGCAAAACGAGCCUCGAGAACUCCAUCUUGUUCCUAUGGAUCUCCCAUUUCUCUCCUUUUCCCCCAUCAAUUUGUCGCUUUUAUCCUCCAAACUCACCACCAUCCAAGCACUACUACGGUACCUAAAGCAGAUAUCCCUUCAUAUGCAGGUUGAGUGGAAAAACGCAAGAGAACUUCCGGCUCGCUUCCUCCGCAGUGUGCAGGGUGACUUGGAAGAGAUGAACAGUGGGCCGAGAGAAAUCGUCUCUGCCCUGUUUCACACGGCCUUGACUGGCCACGCUUAUGCUCCUGUAAAGGAAUGGCUCGUCGACAGCCUAGCAGAGCGGGGCCACAAACGCUGGGACAAGGCAGUGGUAUCUGGCCUAGAAGGCCUUCGUAGCCUCGUUCAUCAGUAUUUCCUUCCAGCUCUCGAACGCUGCUCCGUCAUCCUCAGCCGCCUCCGCGGUCUCGCCCGCUUUUAUAGCGACCGUGAAGAUAUCGGCCUAUCCAUCCCCCAUCUCAACCGCGUUCUUGACACUAUCAGCUGUCUCACCCUGGUCGGACACAAGGUCCUCAUCCAUACGAUGGACGAGCUCCAGCAUUUCUCCGCCUUUUCAGCGUGGCUUCGUUUCCAAAUCGACCAGCUGGGAGGACCUGGCACGGGCGUUGAAGAACUCACAGACAAGGAGGCUAUGAUGGACCACACAAAAGUGCUGACCUACAUUGAGCGCUACCUAACAAAUAGUCCUCUCGACAUCUUCCUCAAUGAGAUUGCCAAAGAGGACUACGAUUCCGACUGGGAUUUCAUAGAUGACGGCCCAACACUGCUAGACGUCUUGGACAAGCAGUUAAAGAAGCACGAAGCUGGCCAGCCCGGCAUGAAAGCCCUCCCACACGUCGAUUUCCUGGUCAACUACGCCUCGACAUGGUCAAACAAGAUCUUUAGCAGCAUCGCCGAAGCAAAGAGGCGCAGCGUCCGCUUCGGCAGGCCAGUCAAGCUAUCUAUCGGAAAACCUAUCACCAAGAUGGACAUGAAAAUGUACGGCUCCAGCAAGAGAAGCGGAGCUGUAUUCACUGCGCUGGCCUCGCAGCAGGAUCCAAGCAAAGUGCAUUUAUUUCGGAUGGACAUGGCGAUAACAAACGGAAUCAGUGAUAAUAAGCCAGUCAUGGCCUGCGUUGUCGAUCUUGGUUCCCGAUCACUCGCCGAUCUGAAAUUCCUCAAUGACAAAACCCUUGUGGUAUUCUGUACCGAGAGCAACAAUCCUCCUUCAAUCAUCCUCAUCCCCACCCAAGACGAAUCUUUGCUCUCAUAUAGCCUUUACGAUGCUGCAAAUCCCGGCCAGAUUUCGUCCUCAACAUCAGCCGACAUCUUUACAGCCUAUCAUUUUCCAGCCAACCACCAGGUACUUCGGCCCAUCCGUAUGGAAGCUCAUGAUAGAAGCGACGUUAGAGGGGAAUUGCCUGCGCGAAUCUGUCUUCUGGGCAGUAAUCGCACAACAUGGAAGACUUAUAAAAUACCUUCCGAUGGAUAAUGUAUCACCAUUUGUUAGGCUAAUUUUGGAAUUAGACCACGCUAUUGAGAGAGAGAGAGAGAUACAGAUUUAUAGUAGAAGGAAUGCAAUUUUUAAAAAUGAAUAAAACUAAUUAACCACAAU